AUGGAAAAGGCCGCCACCGACACCGGCCGAAUAACGGAUGAAGCUUGCCGGCCAGCUCGUCCCCAAUCAAACCCCUGCGCAGAUCCCGAAGGCCAUCUUGAGCCGUCAACAGUCGAACAACACCUACCUACGGUACAGGAGCCUGACAUCAACGCAGAUGGAUUUCCUGAAGGCGGCAAACAGGCCUGGAUCGUGCUUUUCGGGACCUGGUGUGUUCUGUUCUGCACUUUCGGUCUCGGCAAUAGCAUCGGCGUCUUUCAGACAUACUAUGUCAAUCAUGCACUCCGCGAAUACUCCUCAUCGGCUAUAUCGUGGAUUACCAGCUUCAUGCAAUGGGUUUUGAACUUUCUGCCCAUAGUCUGGGGUUUUGUAUUUGACAAGUUUGGUCCAAAAUGGCUUUUGGUCAGCGGGACCACUAUUUAUGUGUUUGGCAUUAUGAUGCUUUCCUUGGGGACAGAGUACUAUCACUUCUUCCUCGCCCAAAGCAUCGUUUGCCCCAUCGGAGCCAGUGCGGUCACUAGCGCGAGCAUGUCGUGUCUCAUCACCUGGUUCCACCGUCGACGUGCUACUGCUUUCGGCAUCAUGAUGUCCGGGUCAUCUGUUGGCGGUAUUGUUUUGCCUAUAAUGAUCCCCAAGAUGAUAGACAGCGUCGGGUUCCCUUGGGCAAUGCGAGCCGUGGGGUUCAUGUUUUUAUUCCUUCUUAUGAUUGCUUGUGCCACCGUCCGGUCUCGACUUCAAUUGGAGAGGAAGCCGGUGGACAUGAGAGAAUACAUACGGGGAAUUCGAGAGCCAACCAUGAUGUCGACCGUUUUUGGACUUUUCUUGGUAUUCUGGGGUUUAUUUCUGCCUUACAACUUUGUGAUAUUGCAGGCCAGGGCGCAGGGUAUGGAUGGUAACCUCGUCAUAUACCUGCUGCCGAUUAUGCACGCGUUUGGAAUAUUUGGCCGUGUUAUACCGGGGCUUGUGGCAGACAGGAUUGGUCGGUUCAAUAUUAUGAUAAUCCUUGCCACACUCACAGGCAUCGCCUGUUUUGGCCUUUGGAUUCCAAUCAGCAACGACGCCGGCAUUCUGGUAUUUACGGCGGCCUUUGGAUUUCUUUCGUCGGGCUUGACAUCAAUCGGACCAACUUUGAUCGCGCAAAUCUCCGAUAUCAGGGAGAUCGGCGCCCGGACAGGAACCGCUUUUGCCUUUCAAUCAUUUGGUGCCCUCACAGGAAGUCCAAUAGCAACCAGUGCGAUCGAUGAUGCAUAUUGUGCUUUUAAUGUCCACCUCGUGAGGCUCAACCGGCUCCCAAGAUCCCUACCAGACAACGGUUGCAUAUCCGAUGCGAGCGCAGGGGCGGAGCCGGGGCACAGGAUCGUGCCGAGCGAGCGGAACCAGCGUCCAGCCAGCGGGGCCGCAUCUCUUUGCCGCGGCCAGGGAUCCGUGGCCUCUGGGACGGCUAUGCCUAAGCGUGUUGAUCUGCGCAUGAUUCAGCACUCACUCACGCACGUUAGCCAGCCCACAACCAGUGGGGAACAACACCCACAAGCCUGUGAAGCAGACAUGGAGAACCUCUACCAGGGCUUCCUAAGACAUUCUCAAACAAUGACUGAGUCGAUAUCCGAGAUUUUGGCGGUCCAAAAGCCAGCCGGCAUACCAUGGCGUCUCAAAACAGCAGAGCUCAUACCCGAUGCCCAGUGGCAAAUGCUCUUGGCUAUCAUGGACGCAGUCGUGCCCAGCAUUCAGAGAAAGUCGACAGCACCAAAACGAAAGUCUAGAUCAACAGCCUACAUCUCAGACAGCCGCUAUCAAGAUGCAGUGUCACAUCUGAAGAAGAACACGGUGCUGCUCGAUCAUGCGUCUGAGGAGGAGUUGGACAAGUACCUAUCGGACAGGCCGACAGAUGACCUGCUAUUCCAGCAAGUUCUGAAGGGAAUGCUGCAUCAUGUUCCUGAGGACUUGAUGACGUUGCUGUCACGGGUUCUCUAUAUACUCACCACCCAAGCCGGCAGUCUCGUCCUCACCGGGUAUAUGACGCCCAUCACCGGUCUAGCAAUAGAGGACCGCACGAAGAUUCUCAACAGAUGGGCCAACAGCAAUCUCUACCAGAUCCGUGGGCUCUACAGACAGCUCACCACUUUGGGCAAGAUUGUCUUCAGUGCCACCAACCCGACUUUCCACACUCUUUCUGGAUUUCCCACGACACCCCAAGGCUGGAAACCGCCGACCGGCUACCCGUACGAAUUCAUUCAGUUCCAGUCAGCUUCGACUCCAGCCUCUGGCGCAAAAGCCCAGCCCAAGACUCCACCGGUCGAGAUCGAAACCGAUGUAGUGAUAGUCGGCUCAGGCUGCGGCGCCGGCGUCUGCGCUAAGAAUCUCGCCGACGCAGGCCACCGGGUCCUGGUCGUAGACAAGGGCUACCACUUUGAUGCGUCGUCCUUCCCCAUGGCGGCAGGGGAGGCCUUCUUCCACCUGCUCGAGGGAGCAGUUACGACGGCUAGCGACGACAACAGUAUCUCCGUCGUGGCAGGGUCGUGCUUCGGCGGCGGCGGCACCGUCAACUGGAGCGCCAGCCUGCAGCCGCAGGGCUUUGUGCGCGACGAGUGGGUGCGGGAGCGCGGGCUUGAUUUCUUCGGCACGCAGGAAUUCCAGAACUGUCUGGACCGCGUGUGCGGGCAGAUGGGCGUGCACGAGGACUUUGAGCCGAACCAUGGCAAUGCACUGCUGGUUGAGGGCGCCCGAAAGCUGGGCUGGUCCGCCAAGAAGGUCCCGCAGAACACGGGCCGGUGUGCACACGCCGAUGGACACUGUGCGUUGGGCUGCUCGACUGGAGAGAAGAAGGGCCCGGUGAAUGGUUGGUUCCCCGAUGCGGCUAAGAACGGGGCGAAGUUCAUCGAGGGGUUCAAGGUGAAGAAAGUACUGUUUGAUGAGAGCGGAAAGAGGAAGGCUGUGGGCGUUAUUGGCACGUGGACGAGCCGUGGCAAGAAUGGCAAUGUAGACGGACCAGAUGAGGAAAAGAUCGUGAGAGACGUGGUUGUAAGGGCAAAGAAGGUCAUCGUCAGCAGUGGCACUCUGUGGAGCCCGAUCAUUUUGAAGAACAGUGGCCUCAAGAAUCCCCAAAUAGGCCGAAACCUCUACUUGCAUCCAGUCAACGUUAUGCACGGCUUCUUCAAAGAGGACGUCCGGCCAUGGGAGGGCGGCAUCCUGACCACGGUAGUUAACACUUUCGAGAACAGCGACGGCAGAGGCCAUGGAACCAAGCUUGAGUGUUUGUCCAUGAUGCCCUGCUUCGCCAUUCAGUUCCUCAACUGGGCGGACGGCGUCGACUUCAAGCUCCUGACCCUCAAGUACCGCCACAUGAACAGCUACAUCUCCAUCGUGCGCGACCGCGACACUGGCUCCGUAUACCCAGACCCGUCAACCGGUCAGCCCCGUAUCAUCUACACGCCUUCUGCCUUUGACCGCAAUCACGCCAUGAUCGGCAAUGUUGCACUCGCGAAGAUACUUUACCUCCAGGGUGCGAUUGAGAUUCACGCCGGGCUUGCCGGAAUGAGGCCUUUUAUCCGCGAGGAAACCCCCUCCUCAACAGCUCCUGCGCCCGCACCGCCCACAAAUGACAUUGUCAGCACUGUAUCCGAUGCUGGUGUUGCCGACCCGCGCUUCAAGGCCUGGCUCGCAGAGCUCGAGAGGCACGGCAACAAACCACCCACGGCCAACUUCUGCUCCGCGCAUCAGAUGGGCACGAACCGGAUGAGCACGUCGGAGAGGACAGGCGUGGUCGACCCGCGCGGCCGCGUCUGGGGCACUGAGGGCCUGUAUGUGAGCGACGCGAGCGUGUUCCCCAGCGCGAGUGGCGUCAAUCCCAUGGUGACAAAUAUGGCCAUCUCGGAUUGGAUCUCGAGAAAUGUGGCAGGCGACCUCGCGAGAGACGGAUCUGGGGAAAGGGCGAAGUUGUGA